AUGGGGGAUCAAGACGAGAGCCGUUCGAGCUCAUUUCCGAUGGGAAAGACGGCACAAGAGAGGGGCUUGCCCUACGUGCCCGAGCGUUAUGUGAUUCCAAUUUCACACCGUGCUAGCUUAACUCCAGAAGUUGCCACUGUACCCACCAUCGAUUUUGGUAAGCUCAAGCAGGGUUCUGAUGAAGAACGAACCACUGUUAUCCAGGAAAUUAGAACGGCUUGUCGUCAACUUGGAUACUUUCAAGUUAUCAACCAUGGAAUCCACCAAUCGGUGCUCGAUGGUGCGCUAGCUGUGGCUUCGGAGUUUUUCGAAUUGCCUGGUUCCGAAAAGGCAAAGCUCAUGUGUAACGAUGUUCACAAACCAGUGAGAUAUGGAACAAGCUUCAAAGAUGGAGUUGAUAAUAUUCAAUUCUGGAGGGUCUUCCUCAAACAUUAUGCUCACCCCUUGGAAAAUUGGAUCGAUGCUUGGCCAAACAAUCCACCAAGCUACAGGGAAACCAUGGGAGAGUACUGCAGAGAAGUAAUGAAACUGAGCUUGGAAAUAACAAGCGUCAUCACUGAGAGCCUAGGCAUAGGUCCAGCUUACUUAACUAAGAAAAUGGAAAACGGAAUGCAAGUGAUCACAGUCAUUGGCUACCCACCGUGCCCCAGGCCAGAAAUGGCGCUAGGGUUGCCGCCUCAUUCAGACUACAGCUGCUUCACCAUUGUGCUUCAGAGCUUCCAUGGACUGGAGGUCAUGGACGUUGAGGACGGAAAAUGGAAGCUAAUUCCGCAACUUGAGACUGCUCUUCAAGUCCAUAUGGGUGAUCACUUUGAGGUACUGAGCAAUGGAUUUUAUAAGAGUGUUGUACACAGGGCGACACUGAACAGUGAGAGGACUAGAAUCUCCAUUGCCAGCUUACACAGUUUGGGAAUUGAUGAGAAGAUGAAACCCGCCGAUGAGCUUGUGAGUGAAGAACAGCCUUGCAAGUACAGAGUAAGUAGCUUCAGAGAUUUUCUGAAUUUUCUCGAGAGAAAUGAUAUAGCAGAGGGAAACAGCUUCCUCAACUCACUCAAACGCUAA